GCUUCUUGUCAUGAAAUGAUCCAUCCCAAGAUUGUCCAUCCUUGCUUUGUUGACUCCAGAGCCCUUUUUAGAGAAAGACAUUAUCAUGGAAGUGGUUACUCUGCCGAGACGCGGUAGUAGUGUAUACGCUCGGUCCAACAGUGAUGAAUUGGACGACAAUAUUGGUCCAUGCACACGCAUUAUUCCUGGAAGUCGAAUGCUUGACUGGUUUCAUAUUGAGAAACCAGUGAAACAACGUGACAGUGUCUUCCUAGAGACAGACACAGAGACGAUGACCCAAGUGUUGCUUGAAAUUGUUGGUGCCAUGGGACUUUCUACAAAGCUUAAAGUGGAAAUUGAUCCCUACUGUAUUGUUUCAAAAGAAGAAAGAGAAAUUCAUCGCACAAAAAAGAUUGUCAACGAUGCGAAUCCUAUCUGGACGGUAGAGACGAAUUCGCUUUGUGUUGUGGAAGUGAGCAGUCCGAACGAUACCCUUACAAUUCGUCUGUACGAUGGAUCGACGAUACUCGGUGUUACCAAUUUGAGCUCGGCAAUUGCAGUCAAAUCUCUGAACGGAAUGAAGCUACUCGGGACUGUAACUCUAUCUUGCGAAGAACUGCUUAGAGGUAAAGGGGAUCGCAAGGAAUUUGUUAUUAAGCCAGAAAAUUCCAAAGUUAGCAUGCAUAAGGGUGUCUUGGCUAUGCGCUUUCGACGUGCGUCGCGUUCAGAUCUCGAAUUCUUGGGGAAAAUUCCAACCCAAACCGCUGCGGAAGAGACGGGGUUGGCCUCCGAUAUCGAUUUUAGAAACGUGUUACGGAACAGUUUUUUUCAGUCAGCUCAACGGAAAGGGAAGAUGGGAGAAACUUUACACCGUGUCAAGCCUUUUCCUGACCCAGAUUGUAUUGAAGAAACCACAUGGAUGACGGUCGAGUCCCUUCAGAAGGAAGCCUUAAAGCCGUCGACCAAAUGGGUCAGUGCUGGCUUCGGAUCAAUGGGCGUUGUGCAUGUAGAAAUCAUUGGCGCGGACAAUUUGCCAAAGCUCGACAUAAAUUUGAAUGAUUUGACGGAUCCGUUCGUUGCAAUCGCUUUUGAAGACACCAUAGUUCGGACGGACGUUAUAUGGGACGACUUGAAUCCUCGUUGGAUGCCAUGGUCGACGCGAGCCUUCUGUUUUCAUGUACGGCACCCUACAUCAAUUCUUCAAGUAGGCGUCUUCGACUUUGAUGACGGUCCACUUGAUUACUUUGAUCCAGUGGGUCGUAUCGUCAUUAAUACUAUCAACUUCGACUCGGACACGACUUACCUCUUGAAAUACAACCUUCAUCACGAUCCGAGGCAAGCGGACGACGCACCUCGAGGAACUCUCACAAUUCGCUUGCGCAUUGAGUGGGAUGAUGAAAGUGAGGCUAUGAAAAUGUCUUUUAUUAGCCCGCCUCGUUUUAUCAUUAAUGUCGAGACCGAUAAAGCGUAUCAAGUUCUCUGCUACUUGACUAGAGGAGCUGUGGAUAUGGAAAAGGCAUCUGUGGCUUCGGUUAAGCUAUACGCCAAUGAAUUGAUUUCGUACUGGAAGAGCUAUUGCUAUGUCUUAGACGUCCUGUUCGAAGUUGUAUUGUGGCGAGGCCGCUUAACAAUUGGAGAGAAUCGAACAGUUUGGUUCCCUAUCCACUCCUUGUUCCUCUUCACAGCGACGACAAUUGCAAUUGAGCGGCCUACUUGGGUCGUUCCUAUUUUUCUCUAUACAAUAUCAUGGACAAUGCUAUCGAUCAAUUUCUACGCCAGUCGCCAUCCCUACCCAUGGAAGCGCGUCAAGUCUUGUGAACAGACAAAUAUGGUUGUCUUGCUGGGACGGUCGGUUCACGCGCCGGUGAAGAUAUCGCCUAACCAAGGUGUACGCGAAGGUGACAUGAUUGACAGACUUGACGAUGCCAAAGCCAAACGAAUGUCGGCUCUAAUCAGUGGGACUCUUUUUUUUAUGGUUAAGAUCUACGGCAUUUACAGCAAGACAAGCGAAACGAGCCAAAAGAUAACGACUGAAAAAUAUCAUUGGUCAUUGUUGAACGGUCGCCUAUACUACCUGCACAUUUUGUUGAAAUCUUUGUGUACGUACAUCCGAAUAAUUCGAAACCUUGUCAACUGGAAGGGAUAUAUAUCCAACAAAUUGACAAUGAACUGCGUUUUGUUGGCGACAAUCUGGGUGGUGUUUCCAGUCCAUACCUUCAUGCUCUGGAUGCUGCGAAUAUUGGCUUGGAGCUUUCUUGGCCCUUGGAUGAAAGCUGUUGAUGUUCUGUACGUCCACAAAUGGUAUAAGACUAAAGAGGAACUCCUUAGCGAGGUUGAUGGAGGAAAUGAUGCUGUACCAAAUCUUCCUGACUUUGAUGCAAUCAUUGAGAGCGAAAUCUUCUUAAACAUGGGGAAGUCUGGACGUAUUGUUGCUGAGAACAAUCUGAAGCUCAAGGCUAUGAGAGAAAAAAUGUUCGGCAAGUACAGUGAACGUAUUCCGGCUUCCGAUUCCUCCCGCUUCCCAAGUGUCCCCCUUCCCGAAUCGACCGCGGAACCUUACCAAGGCAAAUCCUGGGGGGCUCCUAAAUUUUGGUACCACGUUCCGGGCCAGCGAUUAACGGGAAAUAUGAUAUUGGAACGCUCCAAAGAUCAAUACUUUGAUCUGAGUAGUUCGAUCGUCUAG